AAUUUAGCAGUACGUUACCGGCACAUGAUAUUGUACAAAUCCAAACUAAAAGAAUGCAGGAAAGAAAUGAAAGAAAUUCUGGACGGCUCUCAAGUGAAAGAUACAGCAACAACAAAGACAAGCACAGAACCGAUCCAAAGAGCUGUCAUGGACCGGGGAAAGUUAGUGAGAGAAGGGGGCCUCUCCCUGCCAUCGCCGAUGCUGCUCUCCUCCGACGCCUAUAAAAAGGCACCAGCGCGCUUCCCAGUCCCCCGCGCCGCAGUUCACGGCUCUACCAACCAAGCAAGCCCAGCCUCCAAAGAGGAGACAAGCGGCGACCAGCUUCUUCCCCACAACAGAACUGCGCACGGGCUCGUAAAUCGCCUGGGAGUUACCUGCGCCACAAAGGUUUUCACCCCCUCGUGAAACCGCACGCGCGCCGUGGCAGCAGCCAUCGGAGCAGAGUAUUCCUCUGUUUCUCCAGACGCCAUGACGUCGUGCGCGGGAGGCGCCACGGUGGCGUGCAGGGACGAGGCGCGGCGCCAUCUCCAUGGGGACGCGGCCUGCGUCAUGGUCUCCCCCUUGCUCGCGAAACCCAAGGCGGGGGAGGUCUACAUCGCGGUGCCCGUCGACGACGAGGUGCCGGUGCUCACGAGCAAGCUGGACGGGCGGUUCACCGCGGCGGUGAAGGAAGCCGUGUCCCUCUUCCCGGGCUUCGAGUUCCCGACGGACGCGCGCGGCGAGGCGCGGUCCAUUCUCGCCCUCGCACUCCCCAUGAUCCUGACGGGGCUCCUGCUUUACCUCCGGUCGAUGAUUUCGAUGCUCUUCCUCGGUCGCCUCGGUGGUCUGGCCCUUGCCGGCGGGUCACUCGCCAUCGGCUUCGCCAACAUCACCGGCUACUCUGUCCUCUCCGGUCUCGCCAUGGGCAUGGAGCCCAUAUGCGGGCAGGCAUUCGGCGCGGGCCACUACUCACUCCUCGGCAUCACCAUGCAGAGGACGGUGCUCCUGCUCAUCGCCGCCGCCGUUCCCAUCGGCGGCCUGUGGAUGCACAUGCGGCCUCUCCUCCUCCUCUGCGGCCAAGAGGCCAGCAUCGCGGCGGCCGCCGAGACCUACAUUCUGGCCUCGCUCCCGGACCUCGUCCUGCAGGCAUUCAUCCACCCCGUACGGAUAUACCUCAGGACGCAGUCCAUCAACCUGCCGCUCACGGUCUGCGCCGCGCUCGCCAUUGCCAUCCACCUCCCCAUCAACUACGUCCUCGUCACCGUCCUCGGGCUCGGCAUCAAGGGGGUGGCAUUCGCCUCCGUGCUGGCGAACUUGAACCUCCUCCUCUUCCUCCUCGCCUACAUCUUCUUCAAGGGCGUCCACAAGCGCACCGGCGGCUUCGCGUUCUCCCGCGAGAACUUCCGGGGCUGGGGCGAGCUCGUUAGCCUCGCGCUGCCGAGCUGCGUGAGCGUCUGCCUCGAGUGGUGGUGGUACGAGAUCAUGAUCCUGCUGUGCGGCCUGCUGCUGAACCCGCAGGCGACGGUGGCGUCCAUGGGCAUCCUGAUCCAGACCACGUCGCUCAUCUACAUCUUCCCGUCGUCGCUGAGCUUCGGCGUGUCCACACGCGUCAGCAACGAGCUCGGCGCGGGCCAGCCCGAGGAGGCCAGCCGCGCCGCAACAGUGGGGCUCAUGCUCGGGUUCGCCUUCGGCGGCUUCGCCACCGCGUUCGCGUUCCUGGUGCGGAACGUGUGGGCGAGCAUGUUCACGGCCGACCCGGCGAUCAUCGCGCUCACCGCGUCGGUGCUGCCGAUCCUGGGACUGUGCGAGCUCGGCAACUGCCCGCAGACGACGGGCUGCGGCGUGCUCCGAGGAAGCGCCAGGCCCAAGGACGCCGCCAGCAUCAACCUCCGGUCCUUCUACCUCGUGGGCACGCCCGUGGCGCUCGGGCUGGCGUUCUGGUUCCACUACGACUUCAAGGGCCUGUGGCUCGGCCUCCUGGCGGCGCAGGCCACCUGCAUGGUGCGCAUGAUGCUGGUCAUCGGCCGGACGGACUGGGCCAGCGAGGCCAAGCGCUCGAGGCAGCUCACCGGAGCCGGCGACGGCAAGGAUGCCGCUGCCGGUGGGGACGAGAAGUCGCGCUCGCUCCUCGCUACGGACGUCGAGCAGGCGAAUGAUCACUCUGAUCGGUGUUGAUAGCUAUAGCGCGAGCCGCAUGUGUGCUCCCUCUAAUCUACUCUUUUCCCCUCCUUUUUUUAUUUCGCCCAUUUUUCCAAAUAUUUUGGCGGGGGAGGAAUCAGAGGCUGACAGAGUGACAGUUUUGUUCACAAUCUGCUAAUUAGCAUGUAAAGAUUUUUCUGAUUAUUAAACAGAGAUUGAAAAUAUUCCAGUACUGAUACGAAA